ACGGUAACUCAGAAUGUCCUGUUGUGUUUAGUUCAUCGUGUAAGGUAUACAUGUCAUUAUAAUUCCUCAGAUUAAUCAGAGCAGUGUGUCAAACAGGAGAGCUGAAAAGUGCUAAACAGUUAACCCCUUACAGCUUAUUGAGCAGCUCCACAGAACGUUUCUCCAGCUGGAUAAACGCGAGCACCUCCUCCCGGCAGGCUGAGCAAGGAGAGCGGCCCGUUGAGUGAAACGUGAGGAAUUUGGAAUGUAAAUGCUGUCUUUGAGAGCAGGAAUGUUUGAGGAGCAGCUUCCCCUCUCGCCCAGGACUCGCAUCACUCUCAGUCUGCAGUAGCAGGAAAAAAGAGGUUUUUGUGAGUUAGUUUUUUGGACAUUUUGUGUUAUUUUGUGAAUCAUGAAGCUGUUUAUGGUGGUGUUUUCCGCUCUGCUGUUCUGCACGUUGCUCUGUCAGCUCGUAAUGAGCCAAAAAGAGCCGAAGCCAGCAGGAGAUAAGAAGUUGAAAAGGAAACUGGAAGAGAAGAAGAACAAAAUCACAUCAGUGAAAAUUAAAUCAACGCCGCCACCCCAGCCACCGAGUCCCACACCAGCCCCACCGUACCUGAGCCGAGUUGUGGCGAAGGGGAAGUUUGAGAAGGUGGGGAAAACACUGUCGGUUCCAGCAGGGGAAACCCUGGAGCUCAGGUGUAAGGGUCGCGUUCAGUGGGACGUCCCGUCUUACCUACAGGAGGACGAUGAAGGACGACUCAGGACGGUGCAGCAGGUGCGAUAUGGAGCGCUGAUUUUAACCAAUUCUUCAGGAGCUGAUACAGGGGAGUACACCUGCUACCCGCUCUACUGUGAAGACUCAGAGUGCAGGAAAGAGUACAAUAAAGCCCUUAAAGUCUUUAUCUUCUUCCCCGACCCUCGGGAGCUCUUUGUGCCAUCCUCGGAUUAUUACGAGGUCGUCCAGCUCAGGAGUAACUGGCCCACGGUGUUGCCGUGUCAGGUAACCAACCCGCAGGCCAGAGUCACGCUGCACCGCGAGUUCCCGCCCGAGGAGGUGAAGGUGGACGGAUCUGAGAUCUCGUAUAAUGUGAUGCGUGGUUUCACCAUCCACAGGCCCAAAGCGCAUCACGCCGGCUCUCUGUACUGCGUGGCCAGCGUGGGGAGCCUGCGGCAGAGCUCCAUCAAGUACAUGCUCAUCUAUGUCAACUACCCGUCUUUUCCUCCUGUGCCCGCGAUCCAGGCCUCAGCAUCUUCAGUGGCUGUGGGUGUGAACCUGCAAGUCUCCUGCACCGUGGUGGGAGAACAGGACGUGACCGUGGACUUUACCUGGGAGUAUCCUGGACAGAAGAACGAUCGGCCGCUCUACACGCACGAGACCGCCCAGACGGUGCAGGUGGACGGACGCAGCCGGCAGCGCUCGCAGUCAGUCCUGCAGGUGGAUGAAGUGAGGGAGGUGGACGAGGGAACCUACACCUGCACUGCUCAGAACCUGCAGGGCUCGCGCUCCGUCUCCACCAACGUCACCGUGCAGAAGAAACGCGACAUCGCGAGACCACACACAACCUGAGGGCUGUGCAAGCAUCACAACCGAUCAGUCAUCAUUCACAGGACACGAGAUCGGCCACGUUAGGUGUCCGAAUUCCUCAUGAGCUAAUGAUCAUCGAUUAUCCAAACCAAAAUGUUCCGUAUCUCUAAAGCAAAAGGUACGACAGAAGGGUUUCAGAGAAACUGAAACCCGCAACUCAAUCUAAAAUCAGCUUUUUUUUUGGCACUUCCCUAUUUACAGAGGCUGAAGGAUAACACGUGAUUCCUCUGAGACACACGUGAAGCCUAACCAAUCUCUAACCCAUGCCGCUCAUAAGACAGGGGGAUUAAUCAGGUGCAGUCUGUUCUUUUCCAUACUGUACAUAAAACUCACUGACGCUCAUGAUUUUAUUAUAAUUGUCACUUUGAUUGGCAAGGGGCGUAGAGUAUGCCCCGCCUACUUUGAGAACAUGGCCAUUUUUUUCUCUUUUAGGAAUCAUGAUCCUUAACAUUUUCUUUAUAAGCUCUGUAUAUAAAUUAAAGGCUCGUCCUAAUAAAAAUGAGUUCAGGAUGGAGAACUACGUUGUUACAAAAACAAACAAACAAACAAGUAACAAGGCAGAAAUCAAUUGUUUAUCCAAGGCAGAGAGAGUAUUCUAUAUGUUUUAUUAGUUAUAUUUUGUGCUUAGCCUUUGGCACUGAUGAUUUAUUGAUUAUUUUUGUGCUUUUAUGUUGUUCUAUAUUCUGGAUAUUAAGCUGUUACUGUGUUUAAGCAGCGUAUCAGACCUGUACUGACUCCUGCUUCACACGAGCAUCAUGAUCAGCUGCUUUACUUAUGCUAAAUAAACUUAAUGCAAAAAAAAUAAUAAAGGAAACGCCCU